GCUAGCACAAUUCCGGCAAUUCACAUCGGUAUAAAUUCGAUAAACGUGAGCAAAGCAAAUUGAAUUCAGCAGCGUAGGUUAUUGAGCACUAUUGGUUUGAUUUUCUAGCUUCUCCAAGAAAAAGCCAUCGUCUCCUCGGGUUCACAUUUUUAUUUUUAAGACGAUUUGAGCCAGCAGAAAAAAAAAAUCCUUUUUUUGUCUCGCUUGCGAAGACGAACCCCGUUUUUGGACAAACAAGAAAAAGAGUACGAAAACGUCACACAAUAAAACAGUAUGGUGGUGAUGUGACUACAAAAAUGAUGUGAGAAAGUGAGCGUAAUUCCUGCAUCGAACGAUUUUAUCCUGCAUUGUAAUUCAUACUGACGAACUAUUUUAAUCUAGUGCAAAGUACCUUGUAUCGUCUCCCUAGCAAUUAAUCUUUCCCUGGCAGGGAAAAUCCGUUGGUUGCGUUUUGUGCUUCUCAACUACGCACAAAAAACAUACGCACACAUUCGCACCAACAAAUCGUUGUGUGCCAACAAGCUUUUCCUUUGCCAUUUUCCAAGCCAGUAUUUUCACCGUCUAAAAGCGCUUGGAGGUGGGUUUGAAAGUGGGCCCGUUCUUCCGAUGAACUGUUUGUGAUUAAUGAUACACAUUCAUCUACCUGUACGUAUUACGGCGCCUGCUGUUCCGCAUCGACCUACCAGUGACCCCCGUGAUAUUCGCGCAUAGUAUUUGUGUCAGUAGCUUUGUUGCAUACAUAUAUGUGCAGUGUUUUGAAAUCGUCCACCGAGGACGCAAGUGUUUUAUCCGAAAACGUAAACAUUGGGUGCUCGUCGUAGGUAGCGGCCGUUCUGCUUCCGCAGCUAACAGUGAGUGAAAUGGCCGACAAGUGGGUGGGCAAGUCUGUGUCGAUACACUGCCGCAACGAUAUCGGCGUGUUUCAAGGCAUCAUUAAACGAGUCACGCCGUCCGUCGUGGUCAUCACGAAAGCAGUCCGGAAUGGGAUACCGCUGAAGAAGAACAACGUGGAGGUGACACUGUCUGCGGCGGAUAUAGCCAAGCUGGAUCUGAUUUCGUGCAGCAACGUACCAAGCAUUCCCUCGAAACCAGUAGCCACAGUGGUCGCCAACUCGGGCAUGGUAACCUCACUGGACGACCAGUACGAUGGGCUGAAGCUCAUGAACAACGGCAAGCAGCAUCAGCCACACCAGUUCCUGAACGGGCCCGGGAGUGCAUUCAAGCUGGCCAGCAAAUCGCCCGCUCAAAACAAGUAUGCGAACAAUGUGAACAGCAGCACGCAGGGUGCUAGCGUUGCUUCCACCAAGAGCAUCAGUAAUCCGAUCGACAUCAAUGGUCCCGCACAGAAGUCGAACCACAGCAUGGCAGCAUCGUCGGUGCUGUCCACGGGGUUCGUCGGAUCGUUCGGGAAUGGGCGUCCCGUGGCUACGAGCCAAUCGCUACCGUACACCGACGGGAGCGUCAAGAAGGUUGGAAAUGGCAAUGGGAAGAUGACCCGCAGCCGAAGGAACAUAGCUAAGGACAGCACGUUCGGUUCGCCAGACGAUGAUCCGCUGAUGAUGGAUGUGGAGUUUGAUUUCGAGAAGAAUCUGGCGCUGUUCGACAAGCAAGCGAUCUGGAACGAAAUCGACGCGAACCAGACGAAGGCCUCCGAGGGCGAUCGUAAGCAGCGAAACGCGACCAGUUCGGCAGUGAAAACUAAGUAUCGCCAUGACGAGAAUGUGCUCGUGUCGACACCGGCGCAGUACCGGCAGAUUGAGAUUAAGCGUUCGGAUGGGGCUGGCGCAAGCCAGGAGUAUGUUACGGACGAAGGUCUAGUGAUACCGUCCAUACCGGUCGCACUGCGACGUACGGUAGAGGAGUAUGCCAUGAACAUGGGGUUGUCGCGUGAGCGUCAGAAUGAUUUUCUUGCCCGGGGAGCCACCGAACUGGCGCUGCAGCUGUUGGGCGGUUCGAGGCGUCUUACGCCUAACAACCAGCACCAGUGGCCAAAGAUUGUGGUCGUGUGCGACGGUACGCUGGACGAGGUCGGUAUUUCAACGGCCAGACAACUAGCCAGCCAUGGUCUCGAGACGGUCGUAUAUCUGUCCUCGUUAACGGAAGCUACAAAGAAAAGCUCCGAGAUUCCACUGUAUAUGGCAACGGGCAACAACAUUUCAAUGGAUGUUAAUACUCUACCGCCGUGCGAUCUCGUGAUUGCUUCGGUUCAGAACUCAAAGCUUACCGAUCAGUUGCGCAAAUGGAUUGGCUACAGCCGUGCGCCGGUGCUUGCAAUCGACCCACCCGGGGCCGGUCUCGAUUGUGUGGCGAUCAAAUGUUCGAUACUGCCUAUUUUACCACUGGACGGGAUCAACCAAAACGAUGCCUGCGGACGGUUGUACCUGUGUAACAUCGGCAUACCGAACCAAAUCUUCCGCAGCGCUGGCAUCAAGUACAAAAGUCCGUUCGACAAGUUCGUCAUACCGAUCCACCGAAGAAAGGACGAAUAAUUCAACCAAACGGAGAGAAUAUGACUACUUUUUAUGUUCCGCUCAGCUCAUUGAAUACAUCCUGUGCGUACGAGCGGUACGUGCACCAUACCUACCAAUAGUUUCGAGCAGCCAGUAAACCAGUAAAGCAUAAUCCCUAACCGUAUUGUGAUGUCUAAAUAGAAAACAAAAUCUGCUACAGGAUGGAUCCCAAAAACAAAUAAAACAAAAUUCACUUCUCGACAACAACAGCAACCACA